GCAGCAUUUCACAUUUCAUCUCACCAUCGUCAGCCUGCCACAGAGUUUUUUAUCACAAACAUCGGUGUGUGCUGUUCAGGUAAGAGGGCAGACAGCGUUCAUUUCUCAUCAUCAGAUCACGCUUUUCUUCCUGUCAACGUCAUCCUGAGAGAAAGAGAGACAGAGAGAAAGACCAACUUGUCUUAACUCAGUCUAACUUCAGUUUACUGCGUGAAUGACACACCGCUGAGCGGUCUACCUGGAAAAUGCAGUUUCGGUAAAGUUCGUGCAAGGUAAAUCACGGCGUCCGUCAUCAUUUAGAGGAAAAAAGGAACUCAGUCCGCCUCACAGUUGGAGGAACGACAUCCGAGCUUCCCUCUAAUCAAGUUCUCUCUGUCUAAAAGAUGUCAAACGCCAGUUCUGACAGUAUAGGAAGUGGAACCAAAACCUCUAAAGUGUCAAAAGAUCAUAAAAAGCCCACAGCUGCUGCCCUAAAAGGAGCUAUUCAGCUGGGGAUUGGCUAUGCAGUGGGAAACCGCAGCUCCAAACCGGACAGAGAUGUUCUCAUGCAGGACUUCUCUGUGGUGGAGAGCGUCUUCUUGCCCAGUGAGGGCAGCAACAUGACCCCAGCACAUCACUUCCCAGAUUUCCGUCUGAAAACGUACGCACCGCUGGCCUUUCGCUACUUCAGAGAGCUGUUUGGUAUCAAACCGGACGACUAUCUGUACUCCAUCUGCAACGAGCCUCUGAUCGAGCUCACCAACCCCGGUGCUAGCAGUUCCUGGUUCUACCUUACCAGUGAUGAUGAGUUCAUCAUUAAGACUGUGCAGCAUAAAGAGGCUGAGUUCCUGCAAAAGCUGCUUCCUGGUUACUACAUGAACCUGAAUCAGAACCCAAGGACUUUGCUGCCCAAAUUCUACGGCCUCUACUGCAUCCAGUUAGCCGGUGUUACCCUCCGCGUGGUGGUGAUGAACAACGUGCUGCCGCGCGCCAUGAAGAUGCACUACAAGUAUGACCUGAAGGGUUCCUCGUACAAACGCCGCGCCUCACGCAAAGAGCGCAACAAGUCCUCACCCACCUUCAAAGACCUGGACUUCCAGGAGAUGCAUGAGGGUCUGCACUUUGACCUGGACACCUACAACUGCCUGAUGAAGACUCUACAGAGGGACUGUCGGGUCCUUGAAAGCUUUAAGAUCAUGGACUACAGUCUCCUGUUGGGGAUCCACAUUUUGGACCGGAAGCCGCUGAACCGGGGAAACCGAGGCGACAGCCGGAAAGGACAGAAAGUCCUCUACUCCACUGCCCUGGAGUCCAUCCAGGGGAACGUCAAGGACCCUGAACCAGUGGCAGAUGACGACACAUUGGGUGGAAUUCCUGCCAGACAUAAAGAUGAGAACCUGCUCAUCUUUUUAGGAAUUAUUGACAUCCUGCAGUCCUACAGGUUCAUUAAGAAGGUGGAACACUCCUGGAAAGCGCUUGUACAUGAUGGGGACAAGGUUUCAGUUCACAGGCCCGGUUUUUAUGCAGACAGAUUUCUGAAGUUCAUGGGUUCAACCGUAUUCAAAAAGAUCCAUCCUCUAAGAGGAGCGUCUUCAAAGAGGAAGAAGAAUUCCCUGUACGCAGCAAAGUCAGUCUCUCAGGAGUUUCUGUCCCCACAGAAGGAUGAGAAGGCGGAGAAGAGAGCUCAAAGCAUGGAUAACCUGGAUGGAAACGCAGUUUACAGUUCCUCACAGAAGCCAGAUCUUCUGCCAAGGACUACUGUUUCUUUUGAGUGUGCCCCUAAUGAUGAAGAGGACAUUGACAACAGUGAAUACAGACGAGCCUCCAGUUCAACCAUCGCUCUGGACGAUCCUCUGCCGUCCCUCAGCCGAAGCCAGUCAGAAUCUGAAAUGGAUGUUUACCUGCCUCACAAAAUCUCUCCCAGGCGACCCAGCUGGAGUUGAUCAGUCGUUUGUGUCCAAGCAUCCAUAACGUUGAGGAGAAAUGAGAAAUGAUGUCUCCUCUCCCGCCGGCUAUACCUCUACAGGAGAAAGACCUCAAAGACAUCAAGACCUUCCAGCAGUGUAAAUGUGACACAAACUACAGACAGUAAAAUGUUCACGUCAGUUUCUCCGCUGUGACGCUGUACCUCUGACUUUCCUUUCCAGGUCAAAGUAAAUGUGCCAAAUCACUGGUUCUUUUGUAGUAGUAACAUCUGUCGGUAACAGAUGUGGAUACAGUAUGUGUUUAUGUGUGUUAAAAAAAAAUCACUGAACACUGUGUUGAUAUGAAACACUAUGAAGCUGCUUCUUUUGCUCCUGUUAUUCUGCACUUUGCUGCUAAUUUAACAACAGUGCUUAAGACAAAAAAAAAUUGUCCUUCUCCUCUUAUGCUUUUAUUUUUGGACGUUCUGUACAAAUGUUGAGGAUCUCUCAGCGGCUGGAUCCCUGAGGACAGAGAGUAUCAUUAGAUUCAGCUUUCAUCUUUAAUAAAACUAAUGCCUGUUAUAAACCCUUCUGUAUCCUGGAGGUUAAUAAUGAGCAUAUUGUAUGUUCAGUUCAUAUUCUCUGUCAACAUGCCUUAAAACUUUUGAAAUCAGUGCUUUAAUGUGAUUUAUAGGCCUACAACUGUGUUAUAGCAAUAUUUUGACUUAUAUCUGUGAAAUAAAUUAAUAUUUAAUGUCCUUAUGUUGAUCCCCUUCUUCUGUUUUGUGAUUGAAGGAAAUUACACACAAAAAAACUCAUAUGCACAUAAAUCCAGUCAGUGGUUUCAUUGUUUAAUAGAAAACUGAAGUGAAUGAACAAAUUGAAAAUAUGUUGAAUGUAUUCUUGUAUAUUUAAAGGGUUAGGGUUA